GGAGUUAAAAAUGUGACAACCCGGAACCCUUUCCGAGGCGUACCCGGAACUAACGUACGCUUGACGUUGGAGGGAGAUUUGAGAGGCGCAUGGAGGACCGCUUUUUUUCUUUGUUUUCUGACACUAUAGUAUCAGUUGGAGAUCAUUAAAAUAAAUAUAAUUUACUACUAGAAUGGAGUCAGAGAACGACAUAAAAACGACACCGAGAGGUUUUCACUGUGUCUUGUGCAACGUCAACUUACCAAACCAACCAAGUGUGGAUCAGCAUGUCAAAGGACGGAAACACCAGACAUUGAGCAAUGUGCGAACCACCAGGAAGACCCAGGAGGAGCACAGUGUUUUUGUCAGCGGCAUCAAACCUGACACCUCUCAGACUGACCUGGCUGAGUACUUUCAACAAUUUGGACCAGUGUCAGAUGUCAUCAUGGACAAAGACAAGGGGGUGUUUGCCAUUGUGCAGUUCAGUGAGACGGAGAGCAUUCAAGCAGCCUUGUCCUGUGUGGGGCACCAAAUGAAAGGCCUGAGCCUGCGUGUCAAGCCCAGAGAGAAGAAGGACUUCAAGUACAUCCCCAAAAAGAAGAACGACUUGGAGAACCUCCAACAACUUCUUGACUGCCUAAAACCCAAACUAUGUCAGCUUCCUACUGUGAAUGCUCAGAUGCAGUUUGUUGUAGAGCGUUUCCAGCUUGGAGAGAAUGAAAAGAAAUCCCGGGGCUUGUUGGUGCUACUCUUGCAGGAGGUCUUUGUGGAGUUUUUUCCAGACAGCCAAAUUCUACCAUUUGGCUCAUCUGUCAACACUUUUGGUAUCCAUUCCUGCGACCUGGACCUGUUUCUGGACUUGGAGAACACCAAGGUUUUCCAGGCGCGAGCCAAGUGUCCCUCAGAGCAGGCAACUGAGGCCAUGUCAGAUGACAGCCGCUCUGAGGACUCCAUCCUGUCUGAUAUCGACCUUUCCACCGCUUCUCCCGCCAAGGUUCUGGACCUUGUGGCAGCCAUCCUGAGACGGUGUGUGCCCAGUGUGCAUAAAGUCCAUGUGGUCAGUAGCGCCCGUCUCCCGGUGGUCAAGUUCCAUCACCGUGAGCUCAACCUGCAGGGAGACAUCACGAUCAACAACAGACUUGCAGUAAAGAACACCCGCUUCCUCCAGCUCUGUUCAGGUACAGAAGACAGACUGAGGCCUCUAGUGUACACCAUCCGCUACUGGGCCAAACAGAAACAACUUGCAGGUAACCCCAAUGGCCCUGGCCCACUGCUCAACAACUACGCUCUAACGCUGCUCGUCAUCUUCUUCCUGCAAAACUGUGAGCCUCCUGUUCUCCCCACUGUAGACCAGCUUAAAGACUUGGCCUGUGAAGAAGAGGAGUGUGUGAUUGAAGGUUGGAACUGCACCUUCCCCAGUCAAUCCAUUGCUGUGCCACGUAGUGGAAACACCCAAGAUCUAUGCAGUCUCCUGGCUGCUUUCUUCUCCUUCUAUGCCAAGUUUGAUUUUGCAAGCAGUGUCAUAUCUCUAAGGGAGGGGCGUGCACUCCCAAUUACAGAUUUACUCUGCCACAAUGGAAAAAUAGAGGAGGCCACAGAUGACCAGAAACCAAGCAAGCCCAAUCAAAGCGGACCAAAACUAGGACCCCUCAAUGUUUUGGACCCUUUUGAGCUUUCUCACAAUGUAGCAGGGAACCUGAACGAGCGCUCCCAGAGAUGCUUCCAGAAGGAGUGUCAGGAGGCUGAGAAGUACUGCCGGAGCCUCCAGUACCUGCGCAAGUCCACCAAGGGGAAGUCGUGGGGGCUCGUGCGCUUGUUCACGCCGCACGGUGUCACACAAACCAAACCAGAGGAGCUGACCAUCAGCAUUCCUUUCAAAUCGGACGUGCUCCCGGAAGCUCUCCGCAGUCAGCUACGCAUGGCUGGAGAUGGUUUUCGUCUGCUGUGGUUUGAGAAGGUGUGCACCUCUGUGGAGCGAGUGUUCCAAAACAUUCUCAGAUGUCACCUUGCUUCCUCCAUGGAUUUCGCCUUAGCAGAGGUUUCAGCUGCAGAUUUAUCUGCUGAAAUGGAAACCAGCACAACCUCCCUCAACACGUCAGCCAAUGACAGCCUUGAGAGCGUCGAGUUCACCGAGAACGCAGCUGCGACUGGCAUCAAGCGACGACUGUCUUCUGGCAGUGAUGCUUCAGUUUCCCCUCAAGGCAAAAAGCCAAGGAUAUCCAAAAGGGGCAAGUGUGAGCCCCCCCAUUGGCUGUGGGUGCAGAAACACCUCGUGUGGGCCGGCAGGAGGAAAGUGAGACGUGAGCUCAUCAAGGAGACGGACUCGAGGCCCGAGGGCAGCUGCAUGGAGAUCGAGUCCCAGGUCACAGCGCACAUCAUCCAGAAAGAACCAGAGCUUAAGAACCCACUGGAGUUCAAGGUUCAGCCCCAGUUGGUGGGAGGGACAGAAAGCACAAAGGUGGUGUUGAGGUUGGAGCCAUGCUGCGACAAAGCUGGAGUUUUUCAAGACUUUUUUCAUUUCCUGGACGCUUUCCUCCCAAAGAUGGUGGAGACACUGCUGGAGAAAGAAGUGGGUUUAGCCUAAAAUAGGCCACCGUUUAAAUAUAAGAAUGCCUUUGUUUUGAGUCCGUGUGACGUUAACUGCAGUGUGAAUGAACCUUCCAGAGGAGCAGGAGGUGCUGUGGCUUUGUAUUGACCAGCCAGUGAGCUUGGCUAGGAUGUUUUAGUUGAUUAUUUGUUGUUGCAGGAUAGCUAACUAUUAAGUUUAAGAGGUGGCUUGAUUUUUAGUACAUUUAUGUUGAAGAUAAUGCUCUUGAAUCAUGAUGCUCUAAUGGACAAAAUCAUGUGAUGCAGUCACCAGAAUGAUUAAAUAAUAUUAAAAAAUUGUUACUUUAUACAACACUUGAUUGGUAGUUGUAUUUUCCUAGCAUGGACAGGCUCUGUGCUGAUGGUCGACAUGGCAGCCAAUGGCUCUUUUAUCCAAUCAGCUGGCCGCUCAUGCAACACAGACAAAUGACAGCAAUUACUCAGUCAGACAGACGCUUUUAUUGCAGCGGGUUGGGCUGCAGGUGAGGAAUGCUCAGUGCUCCACUGUGCUGAUUAACGUCAUUCAUCUCCCUUUUAGGUAAAUACAGGCAUGAAGCAGGAUAGUUGGACUUGUAGAGCAUGGUAAGAUGCCUGUUAAACACUCAGCUGUUGUUUUUAUUUACAUUUAAUGAUCUGAGGCUCUAUGGUCAAUAAAACUAAUACGACAAUAAUAAAGUCAAUACAGUAGACCUUCCGUGACCACCCGUGAAUUGGGAAAAAUUGAGUAAUUGAGAAGAAAAGUCUUCUUUUUGACAUACAGCUCACUCCUUUCCAAACCGUCCUGCUAGCUUGACGUUCUCCGACAAAUUUGGAUCAGCAUUUGCAAUAAGAGUGACUGUUGUAAUUAUUACAUUAGAAUCUGUUUCAGAAACCCUCCCUCGUCUGUUUUCAAUAUGCCUCACAUGCUUAUUAAACACACUUUAAAUUAUGUAAUGUAUGUAUAUUAGGUGCUUGCCACUAAUGAAUGCUAAUGUAAGAUCACAUGGAAUCAAAGGCAGGGUGUAGCCUUUGAGGCUGGGGAGCGCCGCAUCCGGACCACCAGCACUGGCGCCCCCCAAGGGUGUGUUCUCUCUCCACUGCUCUCCCUCGAUAGUAAUGGCUGCACCGCAGUGGACCCUUCUGUGAAACUCCGUAGUUUGCAGACGAUACGACAGUCAUUGGUCUCAUCCAGGAUGGCGAGUAGUCUGCAUACAGACAGGAGGUGGACCAGCUGGUCCUCUGUUGUGGUCAGAACCAUCUAGAGCUGAACCCGCUCAAGACUGUGGAGAUGACAGUGGACUUCAGGAGAAACCUCUGCACUCCCUCCCUCACAAUCCUCAACAGCACAUUGUCUAAUGGGGACACCUUCAGGUUUCUGGGAACCACAAUCUCUUGGGACUUGAAGUGGUCCUCCCACAUAGACACUGCAAAAAGGCCCAGCAGAGGUUGUACCUCCUACAUCAGCUCAGGAAGUUCAAUCUGCCCUAUGAGCUGCUGAUCCAGUUCUACACCACAAUUAUUCUGUGUGUUCUGUGCACCUCCAUCACUGUUUGGUUCGGAUCAGCAACCCAACAGGACAGGAACAGACUACAAAGGACCAUCAAGUCUGUAGAAAAAAUAAUUGGAGCCGACCUUCCCUCCAUCUGUGACCUUUAUCGGUCCAGGGCCAGGAAGCGGGCAGGGAACAUCACUGCAGACCCCUCACACCCUGGACACAUACUGUUCAAACUCCUGCCCUCAGGUAGGAGCUACAGAGCACUGUACGCCAAAACAACCAGGCCGUCACUCUAAUGAACACUUGAGCACAUGUCAGAGUGGACCUUUAAAAAAAAAUCCCGUAAAUGUAAAUCCUGUUUUUUUUUUCAUUGUAAUGCUGUUUUGUUUUUACAAGUGCAGAUAAUGUUUAUUAAUCACACACCCACUUACUUGAACUGCACUGUCAUUAUAUUAUCAAUUUUGCACAUCUCAGCCUUUUUAAUUAAUUAUUAGGUUUUUGUAUAUAUGUACAGUGAGAGCUAAUUAAACCGAAGUCAGAUACUAUACAGUACAUACUGCUAGUCUGUUGCAUUUGGGAAGUUCAAUCACUUAAAAUUACAACUUUUUUUCAGAUACUGUAUAUAACAUUUAUUUCCAGUUUACCUUCAUAAAAUUAAGUUAGUCAUUUUUCUGUUGAUAUUCUCCCUCUAGCAAGUGUCACUUUUAAACAUCCACUUUCCCUCCAUUAUACUUCCAGCUACUUCAAUAUUACCUUUCCUGAUGUUUCUUUAAAGCCAGUAUUGAUAUAUGACCACACUCUCACACCUCUGAGCCAGAGAAUCAGAGUGAUUGAUACCAAGUGAUGAGUGUUUGCUUCCAGGUGUCCCAAAACAAAGAAGCAGACUAACCAGAUAUUUUCAUCUAUGCACAAUUCUUUGUACUGUACAGUAUUUGAUUGUCAAUUGUUGAUUGACGACCAAGUUCUGUUGCAUGUAUAGUACAUUUGUUCUAAUUACUUUCGAGAAUCGAUUCCUGGGGUUCCAUCGGCACAUAAGGGACAAUUCCUCAGAGCUGUAAAAGAGAAAAAAGGCACUUCCUUACUGAGAGUAAGUGAUGGUCUUGAAUCGGCUUCAAUUUUGUGACGUCCAUGACUGCUAACAGGUAACAUCAGCUGACUGUGCCUUCCAUAUGUAUUGGAACUGUAGAAAAAAAAAUGGGUUUGACAUCAAAAGAUGAGUAUGAGACUUUUAUUUCCAAAAUUGAAUGUUAAAAAAUGGCACCUUUUUGUUUCAACCCAUUUUUCAUGUAAGUGAAAGUAUUGGAACAUGUGACUGACAGGAGUGUUUUGUUGCCCUAUGUGUCCUAUUACACUGAACGUCUAUGCUCAGUUCCAGAUUGGGUAGGAUAGGUUUUGCCUGUGCAGACCAUUUAGAAAUGGAAACAACAUGAAAACUAGAGAGGCUGUUUAUGGGUGAAAAAAGAAGAUGGAAAAUCGAUCAGAACCAUUGCACAAACAUUGGUCAUGUGUUGCGGAUGGAGUGGCUCAUGGUGACAGGGCUGCAGGGGAACUAUGACUUCCUCUUGCAGUGACUUCUUGAUUCAUGAACAGACUCUGUAGCGAAAUUGAGAACACACCCCAAAUCAAAUCAUCAACCUUUUUCCAGGUCACCGGCGCUAUCCAUCAGAGUUACCUGAAGCUGCUGGCUCACUCAUAAAAGCAACGCUUUGUGGCGCUGAUGCUGUAAUUGGCCCACUCUGCUUGCUUUCCAGAAAAGACAAAUGGUUCUUAGUGAGGAGCAGGCUUUGAGUAGCUGGUCCUCUUGGGACAGGAGAACCGCAUGAGACGCUGCUGUUUUGGAAAACACAUGACGUGUACAUUCACUGUAUGUUCAUGCCAGAAAAUAGUCAGCAUCCAGGGGGGGAAAUGACUAGCUUGCCCUGCCCACCAGCGGCCGCUCCAAACUGACACUGACUGCAACCAUUUCCAGCACAUACAGUAUAUGGUCAUGAAUUAUCCUCAGUCCCCUGCUUCAUCUUGCACUGACCUGAGCAAACACACGUGACUGCCUGAACAGCACUUAGUUCAUAUUAGUGACUCCCUGACUGAGAUAAAUCUAAAUCAAAAUGCAUCAUCAUUUCCCCUGUUCUGUGCCUUUGACAGGAAGGAAUCAGGCUCUCCCGCAGGAGAUUGCUCUUAUUGUACACCAUGCAUGUGUGUGUAAUCUCUAGCUCGUGUUUGGACUGAGCAGCAGUGUGUGCCAUGCAAAUGGACGAUUCCGCAGUGGAACUUUGUGCAACAUGGUUAUUGGCACAAGUUGGUCAAGUAAAGUUCUCCUCUUAGGACCUCAUGCACAUCUCCUUAGGAGGGCUUUAACGGAGUGCUAGCAGCCUGUGAAAAGAUAUUGUCCUCUCUUAUCUGGAGCUGUUCACAUGCACACACUGCGGACAGCUAAUGACUUUGUCCUGUGCACAUCAUUGUCUCUUGCCAUUGACUUUUAUAGCCCAGUAGAGUCAACGGCGAGAUGUUGAUUACUGAGGUAGAAUUAACAAAAUGUUCUGGAAAAGCCACCGUGAGCUGCUGGAAACGGACAAUUGCAACAGAAAGACCUCAUCCCAUUCUUUCAAGGAAUCAUUAUUUAUUCAUAACUUUUUGGACUCACCAUUUUAUUUUUAGAUGCCAUUUUGACUGCCAUUAAAAAAAAACAAUACAAAAAACAUAUUUUGAAUGAAUGAUGGUGCAAUAAUUGCUGAGAGAUGGUCCGAGCAAUCAAUGUAAUCUUACAAUCCACUUACAGCCUUUUAUAGCACGCUCGUAUACACUUUUAACUGCUUGUUUAUUGCCAUGCAGGAGGUCCACAGAGGAUGUCAGUGGGGAUUUAUGCCCAAAUCAAGUGGUGUUUUUGACAAGAGCUUGGGGAGAGGCAAAUGAAAAACCUUUGUUUUUUUCACGAUUCUAUAAACAGCUCAUGACUGGAGCAGUCACGACCUCCCAGGGGAGCCCACCACGGCCCCACCAGCAACAUAUGUCCUAGUGUACAUAUCUUACCCUCAUAGACAUUGCUUGAGCCAUCUCAUCUUGCAAGCCUUUUGAAGCAUUUAUUUGGGAUGUAUCAUUUAAAAUACAUUUUAUAAACCUCACUACCUGUUUACUAAACACAUAACUAACCAGUGCUAAAUAGGAAAUACAAUUAAAGGCCUAGCUACAGUAUAUAAUAUAUAUAAUAUUACAAGAAACACGUAAAUAUAUAUUUUUUCACAGAAAAUCUUAUUCACCCUACAUCAGUGCUAGUUGCCUACCUUGCCAAAUAGUGAGCUCACUUCUUUGCCCAUGUGUGAGUUCUGAAGAGUAGUACCUCAUUAAUGAUAUUACAGAUACUACAGUAUGCCCACGCCUUUUGUUAACAUUGUUGGAGGUCAUUCCAAAUCUUUUGGAAUUGAAUGUAAAAUAAAUGAUCGUGUGUGUGUUGCAAAAGAGCAUACAUGCCGUAAAGCAGUGGUGUCCAAAAUGCGCCGUGGGGACCAUUUGCGGCCCUGGCUGUUUUUUGUGUUUUUUUGGCCCAUGGCAUAUUGUAAAACUACAAUUAAACAAGAAAAUUUAAAAAUUUAAGUUGCCUAUUAUAAAAAGAAAAUCUUAUGGGGAAAAAAGUUGUCGUCGUCCCAAUUUUACGUGAAUAAAGUUUAAAUAUUAAGAGGAAAAUAAUAAUAAAAAAAUAGAAAUAUAAUACAAGAAUGUGUGAUUUAAAUAAAAUAUUUUAAGUUGUAAUAUGAUGAACAUAACAAAGAAUAAAGUUGAAAUUUUUGUCUAAUUAGAUUGGGAAAAAGUUUUAUUAUUACGUAAAUAAAGUCAAAAUAUGGAAAUAAAGUCAUCAUACGGUAAUAGAGUACCUUGUUUAUUGCGGUGAGUUGGUUCCAGACCUGGCCGUGAUAAGUGAAUUUUCUGCAAAGUAGGAUCCCUUCUUUAUAAAUGGAAUAUUUUUGUAGUUAGAACAUAGAAAACCUGUUUACGACCUUCUAAAUACAGUUUUUAACAUUAUUAGAGCCCUCUAGACAUGAAAUAACACCCCUAUAGUCACCUUUAUAUUUGUAUUACCCAAUAUUUUAGAUAGAAUCAGAGACAAUAAGCUGUUUAAGUCAUGCUUGUGUGUGUCACAAUAAAUGUGUUAUGUGUGGAGGUCAGGAAGUGACGUUGGGGGUUCAGAGUUGAGAUUUAGCUUGACCUGGGUUUUGGCCACAACGGUAGCCUGUGUUAUUAUGAUGAUGAUGAUUACUAUGAUUCCAUUAAUAUUACUGUGGUUGGCUGGCGACUAGUCCAGGAUGUAACCCGCCUCUUGCCCGAAGACAGCUAGGAUAGGUUCCAGCAUACCCACGACCCUAUUGAGGACAAGCUGUACAGAAAACGGAUGGAUGGAUGGAUGGAUGGAUGGAUAGAUGGAUGGAUGGAUUAUGUGCCUGUUGUAAAAGCCUGUCAUUCCGGCGAUCAAGUGCCCUCAUGCUUCUCUCGCUCAACGUGGAGCCCGGCACCGUGUUGCUCGUCUUUCUUACCCCGCUUGCUGGCUUUUAUCUAGUCUUGCUUAGUAAGUACCUGCCCGCUUGACUCUCUCAGCGGUGAUUUUUCGUUCAACUAACUUCCUGCUCGGGUUUUUGUCAGCAGUGCUUUUGUCUUCAGCCUUUUUUUUGCCUGACUUCCUGCCUGCUAGUCGUGAUUGUUGGUUAUUUUUAGUGUGUGGCGUUGCCCUCUUUUUGUUCAGAUAUUCUUCUUUGUUGUACCUUUUCCCUCUGUGAGGACACCUUCUGUUAAAUAAGGAUUUUUUGAGAAACGGAGCUUGUCUCUGCAUCUUGGGUUCCAGAACCGGCUCACGCCGUCCCCUAACAAAUUUAAGCACAAAAUACAUAGAAUUUACUUAUAUUUUUUGACUAAUAAUAGGCCCUAUUCAACCACAAAACAGCCUGAUUUAUUAAUAUGUUUGAAAAAUCGUGAUAGUGUGAACCUAUAUUUAACUUGUUAACAUACAGUUGCUACCGUACAGUACAUGGGUGGUUUCACAAAAUGUAAAAUAUCAACGUGGCCCCCUCAUCCUUUGACUUUUCAGUAUGUGGCCCUUAGUGGAAUAAGUUUGGACCCCCCGCUGUAAAUGCUUAAAACAGUUUGCUUCUAAAGCAACGUCUUAAAAAAAGACUGGUAUAGCACACCGAGCAAAUAAACCCCCAAAAACAUCACCCGGUGAUUAAGCAAUAAAAAAUGGAAGGCAAAUAAAAAGGAUAGCUGUGCAUCUCUAUCUCCGUCCUUCAUGCAAACAUACGGACACGCACUUUCCAAAGAUAAGUGUCGGGACUUCAGGCGUCAUAACGUGAACAGCAGACCGUGACGAUCUAAGAUCAACUGGAGCUCCUGCAAUGGUCAUAAAAGUCAUGGGUUAGUCUGAGCACCAGAGAAAUAUCUUCUGUGUGCAAUGUGGUGGUCAUGGUAGUGAUGGCCAGCCGUCACACUCCAAAGUCUUUGUGGUGGUCUUGCGUAAAGGCAACAUGUUAGUAGUGUCAAUACUAGCCAUAUUUGAUCUACUGUAUCAUUUCAUUACGACCUAGAGGAAAAGUGCUUUGUGUAUCUUAAAAUUGAUCUGUGCAGCUUUGGAGCUAUAUUAAACCUUUUGCCAGCAUCUUAAUAAUGCAUGAAGCUGUGACAAAUGCAUAGAGAGGGCUGAUUAAUGGUUAAAACAAAUGAGGUCAUCAUUCAACACAAGGAACAUCAUAUUUAACUCAUACAUUGCCGUUUCUUUAGUGCCUCGCUUAUAGAAAUAAUGUUUUUUCCAUCCAAAAUCCUGAUUAAUGCAUUGUCUAUGACUAUGCAUUCUUUACUUGUGUACAUACUUGUGUAUCUUGCUUGCUGCUGUAACAGAUGAAUUUCCCUGCUGUGGGAUUAAUAAAGUACUACUACUACUACUACUAACGUGCAGAAUAGAGUUGAGUCAAUCAAACAAUUGGAUGGCCCUGAUUACAGAAAUCUCCCUGAAAAUGAACCCUAUUUAUCCCGAUAAUCUACGUUUAUAUAUGUAUACAUUGCAUGUUUCAUUUGAAUUAAGUUGCUGAUCCUUAAGAGACCCAAAGGAUAUUUUGUGCCAUUCAUAUUUUUUCACUUUCAAAUUCAUUUUGGUUGUAUUGAAUAAAUAUUGGUUCAAUCUCCAAGAUAUUAGUUUUUUAGUGUCAUCUCUGUUUCUGAAUUAGCCUAAACUGGCAAAACUCCACAAAAACGGACACCUUUAUUCCUAGUGACACAAAAUGUGCUAUUGAAAACCACUGAAAUAGAUUUUUUUAAAUCCCACAUUUAUCUUAACAUGAAUGAAUGCAAUCUUUUAUAAAUUAAGUUUUUACAUUUGUGUUACUGGCUUCCAAUGAUCCGUUUUCAUGUUUGUCCACUAGAUGGAGCUGCUUUUUCCCAUUCAAAGCAUGCAGCAAAUUGAAUAAAUAAAUACCUUUUACUUUUUUUUGCAAGGGUGCCUUGCUACUGAAAUGAUAAGUGUGUGGCUCUAUACAUGUGUGAUAAUGGUGUGUUUGUAAGAAAUAAUUAAAUACAAUAAAUGAUUUAAAUGUGAGUGUGUGUGUUCUCA